UAUCCUUCGCUUUUGCUUUCAGUUUGCUGUUGGCCAGCGUUUGGUAGAGUCUAGUACUCUUGAGAUUUUUACUUUCACCUUACUUACUACAAUUACAUUUUCUUAGAUUCUAGUGUAUAGUGAAAUAUUGGCUGAUUCGUGAAAUAUACGUCAUCAUGGCAUCGGAGACGAUUAGUACCCCGCAGAUGAUAGUGCCGUACGAGUGGAUCCUGGAAAAUGUCGAGGAAGAACCGAUGACGAUUGCGUCGAAAAUGAUUUUAUUUCGGGGUGAAAAAGUAUUCCGUGUGGGUUUGAAGAAUCACGCACCGAAUCCCGUUUUGUUUCUCAUGGCAAUUGAUCUCGGCAAAAUUGGAAUGAAGGUGAAAGACGUAAAAUACGGAAUUCAAGGUAGUGGCAUUGGCCCAGAAAAUAUGGCGACAAUGACACAAGAGAAUAUCGGCGAUAACGGGAAUCUGCAACUAUUCACGAUUGAUCUUGACAAAAUGGUGACUGGACAACGAACGUUUGUGUUUCGAAUUUGCGUCGUAGGGGCAUAUCCCGGCUAUUCCUACCAACUGUCUGAUCGUCUGGCCAAGGAUCAAAUAUGGGCUGCUGUAAAAGAUCAACGAAAUCUGGCAGACGUUGAAUUGAUCGUGAAAGACAAAACAUUUCGCGUUCAUAAAGCCAUUCUUGCUGCCCGCAGUAAAGUGUUUGCAGACAAAUUUGAGAAUAAACAACCGGGAAAAGACGUUCAUAAUCAGAUACGAAUCGAGGGCGUGAAACCUUCAACUGUGGAGAAUUUUCUUCACUUUAUCUACACGGGAGAAUCGAUAGGAACGUUGGCAGAUGAAGAUUUGCUAAAAUUAGCUGAUCGCUAUCAACUUACAACUCUGACUGGUUUAUGCCGAGUUGCACUGAAGGAAAUGGACGCCAUCCAAAUGGCGAAAGUUAGGAAACGUUUAAACAACAACGCCGAAGAACUUUCUUCUGAUUCCAUAUCCAUGCCGGAGAAAGAAACGGAAAUAUUUUUUGAUCGGACGACGCCUACCUUUUGCUGCACAUUGACAAUAUCUGCAAACGAACAACCAAAAUGUGUGAUGCAAUAUCAAAAUGAGAACAUUUGUAUCGCAUACUUGACUGGGAAAGUAGAGUGUAGCAGAUAUUAUUAUAUCAACAAACCUGUGAUAAAUUUAUCAUGCGCCAAGCAUCGUAGAUUCGGCUUGCAAGUUGAGGACGUUUAUUGCAGCCUUAAGCAUUUUAGAUACAACGAAUGGUUUAAAUUGGAAGCGAAAAAUUGUCAGAAAAGUGCAGAACUACUACACUUCGCAGCACAAACACAGAGUCGAAUUGAUUUCGGUCAUUUAAAAUUUUUCAACUUUGACGUUAAGUUCAUCAGCACGAUUGGCAACUAUUAUUACGAAAUGAUGGACGACGGAUGGUUGACGGAUUUCUGGGUCGCCGCAACAAAUGAAAAGUUGACGGAUGUUGAAAUAUUCAUCGGGACUGUUAAGGUGAUGGAAGCUCAUCGAGUUAUUUUAUGCGCUCGGAGUCCUGUCCUGAAUGAGUCUUUGAGAAAGAUAAGCAACACAGCAGGGAAACCUAUCGUCACAUUCGGGUCGGAAUUUGAUGUCGAGAUUAUCAAGAAUUUCCUAAAUUUCCUUUACACCGGCUCUUUAAAAACGACUGAGGGCGCCAAACAACUUAGUAAAUUGGCCAAAAUGUACCAAGUGGAGACUUUGAAAAAUGUGUGUCAACUAAACGUCAGUGACAGCUCACCGGAUGUCGAAGAAUUGACCAAUAAUUGUCUCAUAUAAUAGCUAUAAUGCUAUAUUUAACCACCGGUUGAGUUAAUCUUGUAUCGAGUUUCUUAAAUAAUGUUAUAUGUGUAGUUUUUGCUGAUUAAGAAAUUCGGUUUGUCUUAUUUUUCUUUUAAUUUCUUUUCGUAUUACUCAUUGCCCUUUUUUGUUUUGAUUAACAAGGUCGUGAAAUAAAUACAACAGGGGAAAUGAGAAAAU